UGAACUUUUGACUUAUGUUUACUAAGGUUUUUUUUUAAGGCAGGUACUAUCUGCCAUAUAAAUAUUGAAUAUAUUUCUUAAUAACCUAUGUAAGCAAUAUAAAUAAACAAACUUUCGCUCUAUUGUUAGAUUAAAAUAUAAUUCCCGGUAAAAAAUAAAAUUUUUCUAAAGGGAGAAAUGCAUGGUACAUCAUCUGGAGGGCUGAUAUUGUCGACAGACCUGAGAGAUGAUAGUGUGGGUGACGUCGGAGUAAACCGAGGAGGAGAUAAGCCGUUAAUCCAUUACCGGUUAAUUGAAGUGAAUAUAGAGGAUUCUCUCCCGUCCCACCGCUUCCCUCUACGACUACAUUUAUGGCGGAUGCAAGAAGUCCCCGAGAAGUUAAUUUCUAAAACAAAGAGUCAAUUGGUUUCUGGUUCGUGCACGUUCAAACUGAAUUGUCGUAUCGAGGUACGUCGUAUAAUCGGCGGAACGGGACAAGGACAAUUAACCUUCCGCAGCAACGCGAACGCCACGCCGACUUUCCACCAUCAUCAUUUACACAGCCCUGCCGGAACCUAUCUCGGGCGAGGCGCAGCUGCGGCCACUCGACUAGAGGGUAUUCCGCGUGGACACGCGGUGACGCUUCAUGGCAGUGCAGUACGAGAUGUCCCUCUUUACUUUUCGUCAGAACCUCUCGUCAACCGAGCGCGAUGACAGCAUACCGGCAAUUAGAGUUUAAUUACAAGCAUCUACGAUAGCGCAAAAGCUCGAUGAAAAACGCACGAUCGUGUUUGAAGAAAAAUCGAAUAGGCAACAAAAGCGAUAAAAUGAGAUAUUCUCUAUUGAAACAAGACUCUUCAAA